AUGAAUUAUGAAGAUAUAUUAUUUGGUUUACAACCAAUAAUCAAUGCAGAGUCAAUAAAAGAUGUUCCAGUGGAAGAUGUUUACCUACAAAGUUAUAUCACCGUCAUGGAUCAAUUAGCAGUGUCGUUAAGGUCUCCACAAAACAGAGAUAUUGUGAGAGAAACUGGUCUCUUAACACAGAUAUCAAGAGUCCUUGAAGAUAUACUAGAUACUGCUGUCCAUGAACCUGAAAAUAUUAAUAAUAUAAAAUAUUGGAAAUUAGCAUCCGAAUUAAUAAGAUGUAUAGCAAAUUGUCUUGUUGAUAAUGAUAAAAAUAGGCAACUUCUAUUAAAAAUAUCUGAUUCAUCCUCGAACACUAUACAGAAUGUUAAAAACAAACUACUAGAUUACUACCUAGUGAAGAUUUUAAAUAUGAUAGAGUUGCCAAAUGAUGAUAAUGAUAUCCUAAAAAAUUUACAAUUUAGAUCAAUUGUGUUAUUACGAAAUUUAAUACUUCAAAAUAAUGAUUAUACUUUAAAUAUUGGUAAAAUGUUCUUAGGUCCUGUUCUAAAUUAUUUACAUAAUAGUGAACAUACAUUCCAAGAAGAAACGGAUAACACGGUCUUAGCAACUGAUUUAAUCCUUGACUUUUUAAAAGCUAAAUGCACAUAUCCCUUUUUUAUAGAUUCAUUACUAUUUCUAUCCACAUUUUGUAAACGUGUCGCAACUGUACUAGAAAGUAUUCCACAACAAGAAAAUGAAAAUAGUAAUAACGAUGAAAAAUCCGCGAAUAUAAUAAACAACGAAAAUACUAUAGAGCCAACUGUAGAAGAAAAGCCUUAUGAGGAAGAUCCACAAUCAGAAUUAUUAUUUAACUUAUCUGAAAUUCUUGAAAAUAUCAUUUUACGAGAAGAUACUACUAUUGAUUUCACUUCAAAACAAAUUUUUAUAGUACAAAAUGAAUUAUUAACAACGGUAAAACUAUUGGAUGAUAAAUUUUUUGCUAACAAAUUAAUCGUUAUGAGAAGACUUGUUUCUAUUUCUGGGAAUAUAUCAACUAUACCAACAAAUAAAAAUAUAACAGAACGUGAAAUUUGUUACAAAAUAAUAAUGGAAUCUAAAUCUUGUUACAUGGUUGCUGCUGCUCUGAUAAUUUUGUCAAACUCUAUUAAUUCUAAAUCUGAUGUAAACGAUAUAUUAAAGGAAUUAACCUUAUCCAAUAUUAUAGAAGUGGCCAAUUACAUAAAAGAUCCAUUAGAAUACCAAGGUUAUUUAGAUAUUUUGAGAAAAUUAAUUAAUAUUACAAAUGCUAUAUUGUUAACAAAUGACGAUGUGGUAAUGUUGUUUUCUACAUUAGCAAGUUGUUCUAAGCAAACUCAAUUUUUCCCAAGUUUAUCUGACCUCAUGGACAGAUUACUGAAAAAGAUUAUUGUUGUGUUACCAAGUGGGUCGAUAGUUCGCUUACUUGAUCAAAAAAAUGGAUUACCACAUCAAGAAGAAAUUAUUGAUUUCCUUACUGAUAGAGAUAGUUUUAUCUGUUGUUUGGUAAUGGACAAAUUACUUGUAGCCAGGCAAGAGACAUCUCAGACAAUAUUGUUAAAACUUUGGGAUUCGAUUUUUAAACUGCAGGAUGGAAUAAAUAAUAAUCAAAUGGCAAAUGAUAAAAAUAUUUCAAUAGCCUUUUUAUUCCAAUUAACCAAGACCAUUGGGAUUUAUUUACGUAACUGCAUAGCAAAUUCGUCAAAAAAUCAUGACUUAAAUGUAAUAUUUACUACACAUUUUGCUUCGUUUAGGGAAAUAAUGAAGACUAUUCUACCCUUGAGACACAAUUCUGAAAAAGGUAGCGAAAGUGUUUUCAAUAAUGGUAAAUUUAUAGCAGGAAUGAUACAACAAUUACUUACUGAUAAACAAACUAAAACAAAUGAAGAAGCUAUACUAAAUGAUUUAUCCUUAGAAUUUUUCACAAGUGAAAACUAA